AUGUACAUCCCUCCAUUCGAUACCACCUCAUCCUCAACCUACACCCAAUCACCCAAUCCAUCCUGGACAUAUGGCCAGAGAGUCGAUACCACUCCUGCCGGAAAAGACUGGCUUGCAGAUGAAUCUGCGGGGUGGAAAGUCUAUGAUACAGCAGAAAUAAACAAAAGCAAUCUCAACAAGCUCUUGAAUUCAGGCGUGGUACCACGCCCCAUGGCAUUGGUGUCCACAAUUAGCGAUGAUGGCAUAGAGAACAUAGCACCCUUCAGUUGGUUCAAUACAGUCACCAACUACCCGCCUGUCAUCUCAUUCUCAGUCAACCGCAAAUCCCCCGGCCACCUCAAAGAUACGACCACCAACUUGAAGAACGGCCAAGGAUUCGCCGUGAACAUCAUCAGCGAGGCAUUCGUAGAGAAUGCAAAUGCAACUGCUAUAGACGCUCCUCUCGGCUUCGACGAGUGGACUCUCAGCGGUCUGACAAAAGAGAAAUGUGUGCAAAUAAGAGCCUCGCGCGUCAAGGAAAGCGCUUUUAGCAUGGAGUGCGAGCUCUACAAAUCAAUAGACAUCACACACCCAGUCACAGGCGAGCACACCAGCACGCUCAUCCUCGCGCACGUCAAGUACUUCCAUGUGCGCAAAGACAUGCUCACAAUCAAAGGCAUCAUCGACCUCACAAAGUUCAAGCCUGUCUCCCGUGUGGGCGACAUCUCAUACGCCGCGUUGGAGAUGCGUACAGGAUCAUUGUUCCAUCAUGGGCGCGGGAGGAGGCGAAGAUACAGGAGGCAUUGACGACGACUCUCGCAUCAGCAUGAAGUAGAACGAAGGAACCAUUUUUUUUGGUAACAUAUACCAUGGAUCAUAUACGAGACGGGCACUGAUAGAGUCUGUGGCCAUUUGUUAUCCCUAACAUAAACCUUUAUAGUUCACUAGCAAGCCCUGAUAUAUCCUACUUUCUGCAUCGUAAUGAUCAUGACUAUAUUUCAAAAUUUCAAACCUGAUGUCAUUUACAACCAUCACAAUCAACGACAAUCAUUGUAAAGCAGUUACAUCCGCGAUCGACAUGCCUAAAUUGUUCUCUGGAUGUAAUCUCAGUAAAAGGAAACUACAGAUGUGGAAUAAACUUGGUCCAAGCUACUGUAUCGUACACGCCAGGAGGUAGCGAUCGAAAGCUUAUCGAUAUAAGUAUGAUUAGUGUAAUGCGUGCAACACCAUAUAC